AUGGCAGACUUGGAAGCUGUGCUGGCUGAUGUCAGCUACCUGAUGGCUAUGGAGAAGAGCCGAAGUCAACCGGCAGCUCGAGCCAGUAAACGUAUUGUACUACCUGAUCCUAGUGUUCGAAGCAUCAUGCAAAAAUUUCUGGAAAAAUCGGGUGAUAUGAAGUUUGAUAAGAUAUUCAAUCAGAAAUUGGGAUUUUUGUUGUUAAAAGACUAUGCUGAAAACGUGUCGGAGAGCCCUUGUCCACAGAUCAAGUUUUAUGAAGCUAUAAAAGAAUACGAAAAAAUGGAGACACCAGAUGAGCGUCUAACCAAAGCUCGAGAAAUUUACGACCAUCACAUUAUGGUGGAAAUGUUGGCUCAUGCUCAUAACUAUUCAAAAGAAUCACUCCAACAUGUACAGUACCAUUUGCUCAAACAAAACGUGCCUCCAGACCUUUUCCAUAGAUAUGUAUUGGAAAUUUGUGAUCAAUUGAGAGGAGACAUUUUCCAACGAUUUCUAGAGUCAGAAAAGUUUACAAGAUUUUGCCAGUGGAAAAAUCUGGAAUUGAAUAUGCAAUUGACCAUGAACGACUUUUCCGUGCAUCGGAUUAUUGGAAGAGGAGGAUUCGGAGAGGUUUAUGGAUGCAGGAAAGCGGAUACCGGAAAGAUGGACACCUUCUUCGCCCCAUCUCUUACAAUGCCGCCAGCCGCUCCACCAACUCCCACCCCCACGAAGCCUAUUCUCCGAUACCGCCCCCUCCAAUGCUCCGUUUGCGAUGAGCAAGUUGUCGGUGAAGACGGUCUUGAUGAGCAUCGCCUCCGCAAGCACUGCAAAGUCCGCUACGCUGACAAAUGUGCAGACUGUCAAGAGCUGCUUCUAAACGAAGCCAAUUUCGUUGAGCAUUGCCUUCGUCACGCCAAAGACCACGCUCAUCACUGCCCGGUGUGCCGACAAAGUUUGCGAUCGGAUGCGCAAAUCCAGACGCAUUGUGCGUAUCAUAUGACACCAAUUGUCAAGACGUCGGAAGAGUCCACGUCACCGGUGGAGCCUUCGAGUCCAAAUGGCAUCGCGAGUUUCAGCUUCGUGUGUCCAAUCUGUGGGGAGAAGUUGGAGGAUGGAUUUGCUCUUUUGGAGCACACGAAGCAGCAUUUGUAA